UAGUAUGAGGUUGGGUACGUUAUACUUCGUGUACGAAGCAUAACCAAUAAAGGAAAUGGCGAUUUUUAAGUUAUAAACACAAUUCUUACCUAAAGACGUAGACGUUACCAUGGUUCCAAGGCUGGAAGAAAACGGGAAGCUUUUACUUAAAGAAAGAAAUGUUGAAACAAGAAUUUGUGGAGAGGAGAUGUCACCCAUGUCCAGUGAUCCUCCCUGCCUGGAAACUGGACCCAACUGGACAGUACUACGAACUGGAUCUCAAAAUGUGUCAACUGAAAAACCUUGAAUAUGAAUUCAAAUGGGGAAAAGAGGGGGGUCCAAUUCCGCGGAUGGCGUCAGUUGUUGAGGUGCCAUCAAGAGUUGUAAGGCUGGACUUGUCAUUGAAUGAACUCACGUUUCUGGAGCAUGCUGGUCUCAAACCAUUCAAAAAUCUCAGAGAACUGAAUGCUUCAUUGAACAAGAUAAGCAACUUCAUGGGUAUAGAGGUUCUCCGAUACUUGUACUCGCUGAACUUGUCUCACAACUUCAUCCGCAAGAUUGAGAAUCUGACGCCAAGUGCCUCUCUGAUUGAGUUGAACAUCAGCAUGAAUGAGCUCCAGGACCUCUCUCACAUGCCCAGUAUGAUCAACCUGGAGGUUCUCAAUGUCAGCAACAAUAAGCUUAGAUCUUUAGAUGGCGUACAGUCACUGCCAAAGCUUCGGGAGCUAUUUUGUCAGAGGAACAGCAUUGAGGAUGUAGUGCCACUCACCAGCUGUUUCCAUCUGCACAUUCUGAACGCCUCUGACAAUCAUAUCACCACCCUUCACAACACAGUGGACAUCCUGGGGCAGCUAAGGAGACUGGAAGUUCUCUCCCUUUUUGGUAACCCAAUAGAUGCAGAUCCCCUAUACAGGACAGAAAUCAUCAAGUCAACCAAUGUGAUGACACUUGACAACAUUUCUAUACGACCCCUGCCAAAACCUUCAGACAGGGACAGGGUUGAGUAUGAUGACAACUACAAACACGUGCACAACAUCAGCACCCUGAAGGAGGCAGCGAGACAGGCAUUUGAAGAGCGCAUGAGGGACGCAAAAACCAAGAUGGCUGAUCAGAUAGGCUUCCUACAGAGACGUAUUGUAAUGCUACAAAAGGAGUAUCAAGAAUAUGAAGGUGUCCUAAAAAAUGACCUGGAGUCAUGUUUGAGGUACUUGGACAACCUAUCACUGACGGAUGUUGGAUCAUUUGACAGGCACGCUGUCAGGGACUCUAUUGGUACACCUGCACCGAAACCAUGGCACUCUCACAGAGAUCAGGAUGGGCCCUCACAUGGUCGCAGUCAGAGGAACAGAGAGCCAAAGAAUGACUAUUCACACAUCAAACAAACUGAGGAGGUGCUCAAACUGGCUAGCAUGGAGUUAAAGAAAGAUAGAUAGCAAAGACUCUGUGAACAGUACUUACUGAAAGAUAGAUAGCACAGACUCUGUGAACAGUACUUACUGAAAGAUAGAUAGCACAGACUCUGUGAACAGUACUUACUGAAAGAUAGAUAGCACAGACUCUGUGAACAGCACUUACUGAAAGAUAGAUAGCACAGACUCUGUGAACAGUACUUACUGAAAGAUAGAUAGCACAGACUCUGUGAACAGUACUUACUGACUUUAAACAGGAUUUCAGCCUUCCAAUGAUAGGAUGCAGAUGUGAUGUAUUUGAGAUGUGUUUAAAGUCAUGUUUACAAAAACAUAAUCUGUUAUUCUAUAUUUUUACAUCUUAUGUACUUUAAUGAUUGGUUUUAAGACUUUUUACUUGCUUUCUUGAGAGAAAUUCUGAUUUUAUAAGAAGUUGCUUAAUAAAUAUGUAAUCAUCUUCUCAUGUUAUUUCAGGAUAACAUUUUUUCACAUAUUUAUAAACAGCAUGAUAAUUAAUGGAAAUCAAGGACAGAAUUUAGAUUAAACUUCAUUUAAUGAUUUGCAAAUGUUGCCAGUGGCACUUGUAAACUAUUACAUAAAGCUACUCAACUAUAUCAGUUUAUUUCACUUUUUCAGUGUGUCAGUUUACUGUUUGUGAUCAUUAUAAUUGUCUGUAUUAUAUUUUUUUAUGCAAAUGUUUGUUUUAUAUUUUUAUAUUUACAGUUUGUGAUAUGUAUUACGUCCCAAAUAUUAUUAAUAUAUUCUGUUGUUGAUGUGUUUUUUUCAUGAAUGCAUUUGUUACUUUCUGUUACCUUCUAUUUUAUUGCAAAUUUAAGCUUAAAAUACUGUAUUUACAUUGAUUGUUUAUUUAAACAGUAAUUUUUUAUUUACCAUUGUUAAUCGGUCAAUAGACAAAAUGUGGAUAUGUUUUAGUGUGUAAAUCACAAGGUACUUACAGCUCCAUCCAAAGCUCUAUAAAUACACAUCGAUAGAUCUUUGCUUUGUCCAAACACAAUUUAAAAUUGCUAUUAAGUCUUUCAAAAUUUAACAGUGGUAACCUUAAAAUCAAGGUUGAUGUUAGAAGGCAUUUAAACUUACCAUUUGAAUGGCAUUAUGUGCAGAUUGUUGAAAUGGUGACAUCGAAUAAUUGAAUGCCAAUAUCACGUAUUUUUCAUUUUUAUAAGUAUCGUGAUAUAAGAAGUUCAUAUUUAUAUUAGGUGUACUCAUCUGAAGAGACAUUUACCAAUUUUUACAACAUUAUGUCUUCAAAUAAUGACAAUACAUGUACUAUUAGAAAAUUAACAUGUAACCUAUUCCAUCUCUUUCAGGUGAUAAACACUUUAGAAUUAUAAUAUUACAUUUAUAGAAACAUGACACACCUUUGACAUUGUAUUAUAUUGUUCUGUAUUAUGGGCCGGUGGCCUUGAUUUACUACAUACACUGUUCUGUUUUGUCGUAAGUGCCGUGAAUUGUUUUAUAGCCAAGCAUCAGAAGGAUGAAGAGUUUAUCAAUUAAUUAAUAAUGAUAACGUGAAAUAUGUAUUCUAACAUGCUUUUAUUUAUAUUUGCGCCAUUUUGAAUUAGAUCUUUAUUUUACAUUGGUGAACGCAGGUUGAGCAUAAAAAGACGUGUUAAUAACACUAUUUUUACCAGAUUGGCACCCAAUAAAUUAUAGUUUUAUCGGAUAAGUUAUAUAAUUAGGUGUAUAUAUUACGUACAGAAUUGGAGUCAACUUCAUACCGCCAAACAUGCAGUCUGACUAUGUCAAAAAAGUAUGUGAAUUUUUAGGAAAUCAUUUAAAAAAUAGUAAUGCGCAGACAAGGACGGUCUCACUAACAAUUUAUUAAAACUUCAGAAAACAGUAGAACAUGUUUAGUACACAGAUGAGUGUUUGUACUGUUGGGGUUUAUAAGGUUCCAUUAGUCGUUUUCGGCGGCCCAUGUUCUACUUAAAAUUACCCUGUGUACUCUGUAGUGUCAUACAAUGUACCCCGAAACAGAAAAUACGCUUAAAUGCACCCGGCCUUACUCCGGAGUACUUAUAGUAUAUAUUUCCGUACCCCGACUACGCAGUAGUAUACUGUAGUACCUGUACCGAAAAUGACGAAUGAAAUCUAAAUAAACGCAUACAGCAAAACGCACUAAUGUUCGCAAACGAAAUUAAGAAGACGCAAUGCGCAAUUAUCGUACAGCAAUCACAAAUCGUGUUUCGCAAAUAAAAAAGCGCUAUUCGCACAAAGCAAUCCGCCAAAUAACCAAGUAAAAAUAACCCCUGAAAGUUUCAUCUCAAAUGCAUAAUGGGCGUGCAUAUUGAAAAAAAGAUCCGGCGCUCCAUCAUUCUUUAUACAAGCUGGAAUCGAUCGUCAAUUAUUAUACAAUGCAAAGAGCAUUUUGCCAAAAACAGUUCUAAAAAACAUAACGUUAACAAAAAAGCAAUCGGCGUUAUGCAAUAUUUUAAGUUUUGCUCAUAAACGUGUUUAUCACUUGUGGUAUUUAUAUCUGACCUUUAGUUCAACGCAAACGACUGACUGAAAAACUCGAGUACAUGCAGCAUUUGGUUAGCGCCGCUUCAUAUAACUUGAUUUAUACGCCAAUUUAUUUCCCAUAAAAUUUCCGCACAGCUAAGGAAUAGUUCUAGUACGGAUUCAUAUUGCGCGCUGUAUAACUGUAUAGCAAUUUAUUUCAAAAUAUCGAAGAAAGUCCAUGUUUCAGUCAUUUAAUUUUCACGCCAAUUUUAAUCAUGUUCCUUACUUUACGUGCAGCGUAUGUUGCACGUUCAACAGUACAGCGCUUUGUAUGUGUGCGUUGUGGAACAUUCUUUGGUCUGAAAUAGUACACAGAACGGUUGUACAAUGUCGGUUACGGUAAAAGGUAUCUUAUUAUGAUAAAUAAGUCACAAACACUGGCGCAACAUCCGUAAUUGACGUGGGUGUGCAGCUUAGAACUGUGUAGAUUAAAAAAAUCGCGAUCUUUGAUCUCAUUGAUAUAACUGAUCUCGCGAUCUUUGAUCUCAUUGAUAUAACUGAUCUCGCGAUCUUUGAGUUAAUUGAUAUACAUAAUCUCGCGAUCUUUGAUAUAACUGAUCUCGCGAUCUUUCAUCUCAUUGAUAUAUGUGAUCUCGCGAUAUUUGAUCUCCUUGAUAUAACUGAUCUCGCGAUCUUUGAUCUCAUUUAUAUAACUGAUCUCACCAUCGUUGAUCUCAUUAAAAUAACUGAUCUUUUUGGCGAACACAAACAACGUCAACGACGUAACUCUUUUUAAGUUAUGUUUCUUGUUUAAGUUUUGAAAUUAGUUAAAUGUCAAAUUAUAAAUAAAUUGAGCUGAUAGUUG